GAAAUGGAGAGCAAAAGGACUGGGAGGGAGAGCGAAAAUGUUGAAGAGACAUGGCGUGGCAGCGUAACAAUAUAAGGAGAUCGCAGUUCAUCAAAAGGACUUCUCCGGAGGAUAAAGUCAAGGCUGAGGAGUCGAGCUAAGCGUCCGGAGGGUUUUCAUUUCGCUUUGCUUUGGUGUCACCUCGGAAUCAGUGCGCACACAACGUUUGUGUUGGGCAUUAUCUGCAGAGAGAAGUCUGUAGCCACCAGCCCAGCCUGACAGGAUAAAAGGUAACUCAGUAUGAGUCGAGAUGGGUGGAUGAAGAAGAAAGCCAAUGCCAGUGGUGACAAUGGUUGGGCUGAGAGGGGCGGCUACAUGGCUGCCAAAGUUUCCAAGCUGGACGAGCAGUUUAAACUUGAUGCCCCCAGAGAGAAACACAAGGAAGGGUCAUGCUCCAGCAUUUUCAAUGGAGUGUCCAUCUAUGUCAAUGGAUACACAGAGCCAAGUGCAGAUGAGCUGCGCAGGUUGAUGAUGCUGCACGGUGGCCAGUUCCACGUCUACUACUCUCGCUCUAAGACCACCCACAUCAUCGCCAAUAACUUGCCCAACAGCAAAAUUCAGGAGCUCAAAGGAGAAAAGGUCAUUAAGCCACAGUGGAUCACUGACAGUGUCAAGGCUGGGCGUCUCCUGCCUUACCUACAGUACCAGCUGUAUGCUAAACAGAAAGGGCCACUCUUUCCUGGCAUGGCUCUGCAGCAGACCUCAGAAAUCGCAGGGCCCAGCCACGGGCUGCUUCAGCCGAGCCUCCAUCACAGGCUUCAUCUGCCACAGCGCAGCAUUCAGCACUCUCUUCUCAACCAUGAGCAGUCUUCAUCCAGCUGCCAGAAUAACUCCGUCCCUCACUCCAGCCACAGUCGACUUCACCAAGGCAACAUCCAACCUCAGCCCAUCCCGCAAAGCUCUGCAGGUCACUUCAUUGACACCCAACCAAGUCGCUUAGCGUCCGGUCACCUCAAUACAGAUCCCAGGCACGGAAGUCCUUUACACACCUACGCACUGUCUAACCCAAAAACCCCAAAACCCCCACACAAACCCCCACAGUCUACUCUUCAAACACCUCAUGCUAAUCUCCAGCACCAGAGAGCUGGCCAACCACAACCUCAGAUCAGCUCUACUUGCAGCAGUGCCCAGAGUGGCUGCAAGGAAGAGGAAUUAAAAAUAAAUGGAGUAUUGCAGACCUCAUUGGAUGUGAUGAGCCAUUCAAAGAUGAAUGAAAUGCAAGAGUGUGGCAAAGAAGAUCCUCUGCCACAGGUGGUGAAUGAAGCACCCCUGACCAAUGGACACGCUCACCUUGCUAAUGGUGCCUUAAAGCCAGAUGAACACUCUGUUGACAAGGAACUGCCUGAAUGCAGACUCAAGAGUUCAGAGGAUAAAUCUCACAGUCCUUCAGUACAGUUUCAUACCAAACCUGACCCCUAUGAGUUUCCGCACAGUCCCCCAAAGCAGUCUGACCAGUCUCCUGUCUUUCUAGAGCAGUCCAGCUCUCAAGGAGCCUAUGAGCAGAGGCCUAAACCUCCACCACCCACCUACCAGGAGGCUAUAAAAGCCACUGAAAACCACCUACUGCUAAAACAGCUCCAGCCAUCCUGUCAGGUUGAUUCAAAUCCCGAAAAGACUCCUCUUUCACCUGCAUCUCGCCCCCUUUCACAUUCUCCAAUUCGACUAAACGGAAGUCACCAUAAUGCCUUUUCAUCCAGCUCAGCCUCAAUAAAUACAACCGACAUAACAACCAAACCUGAUCCUCCCACUGCAAAGUCAUCGUCACCAUCCAAGUCCUCAACGCAGCUGCUGGCACAGACGGGCGGCUUGAUCUCUGAGUUCUACUCUCACUCACGGUUACACCAGAUCUCCACAUGGAGGACUGGCUUUUCUGAGUAUGUCAAUGAACUGCAUAGUAAAAGAAAAGCAGCUGGGGCCACCUCCUUUUCUGGAAAAGACCGACUGCGGAAAUAUGUUGCCCAGCACUCUGCAGACAGUCGAGGUCAGUCAGCGCCCUCCAGUGUUAAGUCUUGCAUUCUUCAUGUGGACAUGGACUGUUUCUUUGUGUCUGUGGGGAUCCGACAUCGACCAGAGCUCAGAGGGAAGCCUGUAGCUGUGACCAGCAACCGUGGAGAAGGCAGAGUGCCCCGGAGGGUUGGGGCCAACCCUCAGCUGGAGCAGCAGUACUACCAGAGGAAGCAGAGUCACCCUCGGCCUGAGAGGGCAGAUGAGGAUCUAUACAAAACUCCUUCACAAGAGAGUCCAGAGUCCCAUGCCAACGGAGUCGACCAGGAUGCUGCUGCUCUCUCCAUGGCAGAGAUUGCAUCCUGCAGUUAUGAGGCCAGGCAGGCAGGCGUGAGGAACGGGAUGUUUUUUGGCAAAGCAAAACAGCUAUGUCCCUCGCUGCAGUCUGUCCCAUAUGAUUUCGAAGCCUAUAAAGAGGUGGCUCUCACCAUGUAUGAGACUCUUGCAGGUUACACUCAUGACAUUGAGGCUCUGAGCUGUGAUGAAGUGUUGAUAGACGGUUCUGCUCUGCUAGCCGAGUUGGGCAUCAGCCCAGAAGAUCUGGCCAAAGCGAUCAGAGCAGACAUCAAGGAGAAAACGAGAUGCUGUGCUUCAGUGGGCAUGGGGUCCAACAUCCUGUUGGCUCGGCUGUCGACCCGUAAGGCCAAGCCAGAUGGGCAGUACUUCUUAAAGUCGGAAGAAGUGGAUGAUUUCAUCAGGGACCUGCCAGUGACCAGCCUACCAGGUGUUGGGCCUGUUAUGGGCAGAAAGCUGGCUGCUAUGGGUGUGAGGUUGUGUGGCGACCUCCAACAGGUCUCUCUGUCUCAGCUGCAAAAGAAAUUUGGGCCCCGGACUGGACAAACCCUGUUCCGCUUCUGCAGGGGUCUAGAUGACCGGCCUGUCCGCUAUGAGAAGGAACGGAAGUCUGUCUCAGCUGAGAUGAACUACAACAUUCGCUUUACUAAGGUUGAUGAGGCAGAGUGCUUCCUGACUAACUUGUCCACGGAGGUGCAGAAACGUUUACAAGAAGCAGGGCUGCGUGGUCGCAGAGUUACCCUUAAGGUCAUGGUUCGCAAGGUUGGAGCUCCACUGGAACCAGCUAAAUAUGGUGGCCACGGUAUAUGUGAUAACCUAGCCAGGACUGUGAUGCUCGCUCAAUCUACUGACAGCGGUCAGCUGAUUGCUGCUGCUGUCAUCAAGCUGUUUCAUGCCAUGAAGUUACAAGUUCAGGACCUGAGAGGGGUCGGCAUCCAGGUUCAGCUUCUCGAAGGCAAUCGCUCUGUCCACCAGGAAUCCACAGGCUCCCGGACGCGUUCCAUCAAGGAAAUGUUGCUUGAGCAGGGAUUAAAUGCAAGAUCAAGCAGCAGAGAUGUUGCUGACAGCAACACACAUCAGGAGUCUUUCUCAGCACCUGGCACCUGUCCACAUCCUCUGUCCCCUCCCGAGCCAGUCCCAGGAACAAGCAGAGAGCAGCAGACAUGCAGACAAACUCCAAAACAUUCUCAAGCACGUCUCAACUUCAGUAUUGAGGUCCCCUCCCCUUCACAGGUGGAUCGUUCCGUGUUGGAGGCCUUGCCUGCGGAGCUGAGAGAACAAGUGGAGCAGUCGUGGAUGAAUCGGGAUGGGAGACCAAAUAACCGUCAGUCACCCAGUCCACAUCCCUCCGCUCCUCCUCCACAGCCUCCAUCUCUGAAGACUCGCCCAACCUCCCCUCUUCGUCCGCCUACCUCUGCUCCUGCACUCUACACUCCACCUGUUGGCACGUUGGUUCUGCAGAUUCCGAACCAGCCGGACAGUCCGGGGAUCGUACUGGAACUGCCAAACUUCUCGCAGGUUGAUCCAGACGUAUUUGCUGCCCUUCCCAAAGAGCUCCAGGAAGAACUGAAGUCUGCCUACAACAGUGUAACAAAUAUGCAGCCCCAGGCAAAAACGUCAGUGGAGCCGAAGAAUCCGCUUAUGCAGCUGAAACAGUCAGGAGUCGGAAUAGGUAUUGGUCGGGUGAAGCGGCGCUACAAGAGAAAAAAUGCGGUGAGCCCCGCUAAAAAAGGUCCUUCCCCUGUGAAGAGGCGUCAGCCGACCAACAGCCCAGCCAAAACCCCGCAACCUCCUCUCAAAUCACGGGAACCAAUGAACAUAGUAAAGACUGAAAAUGGUCCCUCCGCAUCGACCUCAAAACCAGACAUCCCGGAGAAUCUGUCCAAAUUCAGUCCUCGACCUGCUCCGGCGUUGGCUGGAGCAUGUGACCUGACGGACAUUAAAACACUCCUACGGGAAUGGGUCACCACCAUAACAGAACCCAUGGAGGAGGACAUCCUGCAGGUGGUGAAAUACUGCACUGAUCUGAUUGACGACAAAGAUCUGGAGAAGCUGGAUUUGAUAAUAAAAUAUAUGAAAAGGCUCAUGCAGCAGUCGGUGGAGUCUGUUUGGAGUAUGGCGUUUGACUUCAUCCUGGACAACGUGCAGGUGGUUGUGCAGCAGGCUUAUGGUAGCACCCUGAAGAUAGCAUGAAGCAGGAGGGGAAGUGUUUUCACUGCGUGUUACCAUUACGUCGCUUUUUGUUUUGCUGCUUUUUCCUCCUUCUCAGCUGUGACACCACUGAAGCAUCUACCAGAAUAUUCUCGGUGGCCUCCUGAAAUAGAAAUGACUAACUUCACACACCUCACAAUACACUACAUUCUGUUCUUCUCUUUAAUGGACACGUAAGGGUGCUUUCACACCUGUGGUUCGAUUUGUUUGGUUCGGAAUGACGUUUUGCAAAUGAACCAAGAGGAUUAAACAUGAAGUUGGACAGACUGAUAAGUCCUUGAUGGGACAGUUUUGGUCAUUGUCAUUCGGACAUGCAUCAUCAGACCCAUGGAGAAAAUCAAACUCUGGUGGCUGACAGAUGUUUAUGCAGCACUUUAAUGUGUAUAUUUAUAUUCUUAGGUGUGAGCUCCUGAAGAAAUAGCAGACUCUAAGCAUUAUUAGUAUUGUUACACUGCAAAUUUAAAGCAUUUUAUGAGCAAUGACCAACAGGUAGAGACAGGACUUAUUACUGUGGAAUUGCUGUCACACCCUUUUCAAUGGGCCAAGAAAGUAGACGGAGUAGGAUACAAGCACAAAACAGCAACUUUUGACCUGUUAAUCAGUGAAAUUACCCGUCACUGAUGUGCAUAUGUGCUACAACAGUUACCAAAUGAUUUGCAUAUGUGUACAUGGCUUACACAGAUCAAUUAGAAGGUCGCUCUAUGAACAGACUUCGUGAUUAGUAGAUGGAUUUAUUCGUUGCUUAGGUUUUGAAAUUGUUCUAAAAUCAUGAAUCUCCUAUCAUAAAAUCAUGUGGUCGGUUGGUGUGCUUUUCACACUGCAAGCAAACCACAUCAGAGAAUGCUUGACAUCAGGCCGAGACCCACCUUUUAAAGUGGUCUUGGUCCGAGGAGUUGAUUGACAACUUUCACACUAGUCCAGACGACCGCACUCACGUUGCAAACGGACCUGAGGUUGUUUUAACUGAACCGACCAGGUCAGGUGUUAAAGCACCCUAACACAAAUGGAAAAGCAGGAAAUGUACUUCUAUCAAUCUACACAACAACACCCAGAAUGAUGAUAAUCGUAGCAGCUUUUUGCAAAUUCAUCAUUUUCAUAUGGAGUUCUUUUUUAGAGAACGCUAAGAUUUGUUUUCAAACGUUUGUGAGAUUUUAUAUAGAAAUUGUUGCUGGCACCACUUAACUCUUUCUUAUACAUCCAGUCUACGCCAGCCUUAUACGAGUUUAAAUCUCCCUCCUCCUGGAGAGUGUUUUCCAUCUGAUAAAGCUGUCGACUUCCCCCUGUGUGUUCCUGUGGUUUAAAUAAUGUUACACGGGCACAUUUAGAGGUUAAUUUUUGAUUCACAGAUGCAGUUAAAUCAGUCUAGGUUCAAAAUAAUGACUGUGAUACCACAAUCAUCAUAUUUAACCUGGUUUCAGGAUCAGGUAGUGUAGCACUCCUCAGACAUCAGAUUUAUGAUAAUCCCAGAAAUGGUCGGAAUAAAAUACUUAAUUUUUCAUCAGUGUGCUACUUGUACUGACCUGUGAAAUAUUUCCAACUGCUGUGUUGCAAAAAAGCGAACAAAAUGUAGUCUGUUGCAUACAGUAGUAUCUUUUCUCUUGUCUCUCGCAAAAAAAGUGCCAAACCCUGUUAUUAUAGUGUGUAAAUAAUGUUUUUAAAGACACUUCUUAAAGGUUUUCAAAGAAAAGAUGUACGUGGAGGGUUUACCUCUUGUAUUGUUUACAUGUAGUGACUUCUUAGUAACUGUCUUUAAAUUGUAAAUCUUCUCACUCUAAUUGUUUGUAAGUUGUUCAAACAUGGAAAUUGAAAGCUGGCCAAAGCACUUCAUAUAAGGUUAACUGUUGAUUCUCAGUAGCACUCUGACUCGGGAGAAUGUUGAAGGGGGUUAUGGCAAUCAAUGAGUAGCCUAUGCAUAUAUUUUCAUCACUAAUAAGUGAGAUGUCCCUUCAAGAUAGUGUAACAUGUCAUACAGCCUCCUUAUUUGGACUAAAUCUCAGUUUUCCUGUGUGUUUCCAGUCAAGUUACUAGUUUGUCAAAUCUGAAUAUUGAAAUAAUUUUGCAUUUGCAAAGGAACGCGUGACCUGAUUUUUAACUCUGAAGCCCAUCGUAUGUACUUGUGUACAUACAUUGGAGACGUUUGUAUGGCUUGUGGCUACAUCGUUGUAUUUGUGUGAAGUUAACUUUUCUGAUUGGUGAUUAGAAGUACUCAGCAGAUGCGGCUGGCUGGCUGGCUUGUGAUGUCACCAUGCGAGACAUUAUGUGUGUGGUUGAAAAGUUAAAAACAGUAUCUCUAUAUGCAAACCAAAUCGGUCUGUCCUUUUUUAACUUGUUGAAAUGAAUGUAAUUCAGAAUGUGCAAGUCUCCACUCACUUUCAAAAUGUUUGCUUCUCUUCACCUGUCAUAUCUUGCCAGAAGUUAAAAUUGGCCAGUCUUGACUUCUCUAAACUGGCUUGUGCCUGAAGACCUGAAGCUGUGAACUUGUUUGUAAGUUUUCUAAAUCUUGGUAAUAAACUGUAAACUCUG